AAGAAAAAAAGAAAAAACGUAAAAAGAAGUUACAUCGUGAAGGCAAAUCUGGGGAAGAUUUGACCAUCAAUUAGACUCUGAUUGAGAAAAAAGUGCCAAACUCCUUCAAGAGAAGUUUAAUGCCCUAAACCAGAAAGUGAUCGUUUUGACAGAGAAUAGUGAUUUGGAGGUGAUGGCGACGGCAUCUUCUGCUUACCUGAAGCUCCUGCAAAUGGGCACUAAGAUCGUUGCCGUCGGCAGAAACUAUGCUGCUCAUGCCAAAGAGCUCGGCAACGCCGUUCCCAAGGAGCCGGUGUUGUUCCUGAAGCCGACCUCGUCCUACUUGGAAAAUGGAGGGACGAUCCAGGUUCCACAUCCCUUGGAAUCACUUCAUCAUGAAGUGGAAUUGGCGGUUGUGAUUGGGCAGAAAGCUCGUGAUGUUCCUGAGUCUGCUGCCAUGGAUUAUGUUGGAGGUUAUGCAGUUGCACUGGAUAUGACUGCAAGAGAAAUCCAAGCUUCUGCAAAGUCUGCAGGUUUGCCAUGGACUGUAUCUAAGGGACAGGAUACUUUCACACCAAUCAGUUCUGUUCUGCCCACAUCAAUGGUGUCAGACCCUGACAACUUGGAACUCUGGUUAAAGGUGGAUGGAGAAAUAAGGCAGAAAGGCUCAACAAAAGAUAUGAUUUUUAAGAUCCCAUUUCUCAUUAGCCACAUAAGUUCUAUCAUGACACUUCUUGAAGGAGAUGUCAUACUUACAGGCACUCCACCAGGUGUUGGCCCUGUAAAAGUAGGUCAGAAGAUAACAGCUGGCAUAACUGACCUCCUGGACGUUCACUUCAAUGUUGAAAAGCGUCAAAGGCCAGAAAGUUGUUAAGCUGCCCAAAUCAGCCCUGCUGUGGUGAUUGCCAUUGAUAGUUCCUGCGGUACAUGUCCUUCAACUCAAGAAAAGGGUUGACUCAUAUUUCUUGGUAUAUCCUUUAUUUAAAAUGGAUUAUUUUGUUGGGCUUGAUUUGGGCAACAAUAAAGGAAAAGCCUUGUAAGGCUGGAUUAUUCCCCACUAAAUUAGUACAUCAUGAACUUCUCUUUUCGGAUACAUGAUGUCAGACUCUGAAAAGUUAAAAAUUUUCAAGAUUAUUACAUGGGGAAUUGCAUUUAAGCACA